GAGCUGAGCCGGCUGGCUUCGGUUCCCCCUCCAGUGAGUCCGAGCUGCCAUGGCGAGCGGGGCGGCCGCCGGCUUUCUCUUGGUCCUGGCCCUUUGGUGGCGCGGCGGCGGCGCUGCAGACACCGAAGAAGUGGUCGUUGGCGAACCGGACGGGGAAGUGUCCCUGCGAUGCUGGAAUGCAUCUUCUCAAGUCUUGGCGGUCCAGUGGUUUCGCGGUGAGCUGGGUGAGAUUCCCAUGCUCCUCUCCUCCGACGGAAAGCUGCCUUCGGACAGCCGCUUUUCCCUGGUGGGAAACAGCUCCCUGCACAUUUCGGGAUUGCGUUUGGAGGACGAAGGUCAUUACGUGUGCAGGGAGAUCCUGGCUGAGACCAACCAUACCCACAGGACCCAGUUACUGAUGGCCGGUGGUCCAGACCAGAUGGAAGUCAGCAUAUCUCCCACCGGGACAUUGCCAAAUGGCACACUUUAUGCCAAAAGACACGACGUCUUGAACUUCACCUGCAGCAGUGACACUUGGCCAGAUUCGGCCACUAAGUGGGAUUUUAACCCGCUUGGUUCUGCGCAGGAACCGUUCACCGAAGUCAACAGCUCACGGAGUUCAUUCGUGCUACAGAACGUCAUGCCCAACUACCAAGGGAAUUACUCAUGCCUGGCCACCAACCUGUUGAGCCAGCAUCAGAAGUCCGUCAUCCGUGAACUCCUGGUCUACUGUACGAAUCGAGAUGCGGGUGACAUCCUUGAACUCAUGGACUCAGAAGAUGAGGACCUGUACUUGGAGUCCACCGGGGAACCAACGUUGCAUCAGACGGAAGGGAGAGGAAACGGAUGUUCUACCAGAUCUACUGAAAGCUCAUUUCCGGAAACGUCCAUCUCCCUGGAGGAAAUCCAGAGGUCCGAGCCCACGUCGUAGGGAGGGCGACCUCUUCCUUUGCGUUAUGUACUAAGAACGGAAGCCACCUUGGAACUACGGGACCCAAAGGAUUCCUGCAAAGUUGUUCCCAUCUGGGUUGACACCUCUCUUUUUGCCUCUUCCUGUGCUUGCUUGCCGCUGCUGCUGUUUGGCUGCGCGGCCUGCCCUGUGGAGUUUGAAACCGCCUUUGUGAUGUAGGCGAGGAUAAGAAUGCAAGGGGCCUUUUACGGAACCGGAAGCAGCAGCAUUCCCGGUGCAAUUUUCCGUGGAGAAGCAGCCUUGAGGCCUUGCGGAAGAGCUGGAGGAACAGGGAAGAGAUUUCCCAACUGGUCCUGGAUCCCAGGUUCCUAGCUUGGAUAUGACUCUUAAUUGGAGUCAAAGCUCGUUAGGGAAGCUGUUUCAGGAAAGGAAAAGUCACAGCAGCUUCUGUUGGGGGCAGAAAACAAUAACUGAACAGGGAAACAUCACCUCUCGCCUAGGGGUGGAGGACUUGAGGCAAUCUAAAAACACUUUGUGCCCAGAGGUGGGUAUUCAGCCGGUUUGGACUGGUUCACUAGAACCGGUAGUGGAAAU